AUGGCACCCGUCACUCUCCCUCCCUCGUUCUACAAUUCCUUCUGGUCACCAGACUACAGAUCAGGUUUGGAGAAACUGUUCAGAGCAUUGGAACAAGGAUGUCUAGAGGAUGAUGAUGUAGAAGCAUUCAUCGAUUCCCAGAUCAAAUCCCACCUUAUCCUCUCCCAAUCCCUCCUUAAUCCACCUCUUCCCACCGUCUCCCCCGAAUCUUCUUCCUCGCUCCAACAUACGCUCCUUUCUCUCCGAGGCGCCUCAUCAGCCCGUGGAGAAGCUCAUCGCGCACUUGCUCAGGAGCUGGAGCAGAGGGUAUUGAGUGGGUUUAGGAAUUGGAAAGAACGACAUGAAGUGAGAGUCAAGGAGGCUAGAACGGAUAUGCUGGGAAAAGGUGGUGUGGUGGGAGUUUGGGAGAAGGAGAAUGGGAAGUUGGGUCAGCUUCACCAGACAUACGUGAACAAAUCCCGUGCUGCCGAUGAUAGCGAGGACGAUGCCAAAUUUGCCCCAGCAACAGCUCGUUCCCCUCCUCCAGACAACUAUACCUCUUCACCCAAAGUUCACCAUAGAAGCCCGAGCACCAACCUCCGUCGAACAGGAACAGUAGCUGACCGAAUUUCAGAGAAACUGCGAGCAGCUUCAGUCCAAAGCUCACCUCCAGGAAUACAAUCUAGUCCAUCUAAACACCGACCUGUCCUUUCGAUCGAUGGAAAGGAACUGCCACCCCCUCCCAGUCCUUUACGACCCGUCAUCAACAGUCCCGAUGGGAUCGUUAGCCCAACCAGUCCAACCAGAGAAGAACGAUUUGUUCCUCCGACCGAUCCGGAUGGCAAACCAUUCAUCCAUUCUUCUUCCGGUGGGCCACCAGUCCCAUCAAAGGCUGGUCCAUUUUCACCUUCCACCUCCAUCAACGCCAGGGAAGAACCAAUCCUAUUAUCAGGCUUAUCUCUGACCCCUCAAGCACUGAAAGACCUCUUACAGCGAUUUGAUGCCUACUUGUUGACAACCCUCGCACCAUACUCCGACGCCCCUUUCUCCCAAUCUAACAGAUCAAAUGCGGCUUUAGCAUCCAGACAGAGAAGUACCAUCUUAGGCACGUACGAAAAAACAUUUUCGGGUGAAGAGAUUGUAGAAUGGUUGAAAGAAAAUGUCGAAGGUCUCGGAGGCGAUUGGGAAAGAUGUGUGGAAGCUUCAAGUGAAUUAUACAAACUGGGUUACUUCUCAAGGAUUGGUGUAGGAAGAGGAUUUGAUUCUUCGGAAGAUACGUAUUUCGUGUUGAAAUCUCAACAACAGCAAUCUGGACAAUCUCAUCUUCCAGGUGGAAUAUCGAUUAAUCAAGCCAAUGAAGCUUUAGCUUCCAUCGGUAUCAAUACUCCCCUCUCACCUUCGACUGCAACCAACGCCCUUCCAGGUUUGCUCAAAUUUUAUUUACCCGCUUCUCUGGGCAAUUCAGAUGAGCCUCAACAUGUCAGAUUGAGGAAGGAGGCUAAUAAAGCUGAUGAUGCGUAUAAAGAAGGUAUAAGAACUGCUGAAGAGACAAGGUUGGAGAUGGAAGAAUCUAUAGAGAGGGGACUGAGAUUAUGGGAAAGAUGGGAAAGGGAGCGAUUGCUGGCUGUGAAGACAGUUUUGAAACAUUAUGACGAAGCUUUGGCCAAGUUGCCUCAGAAAUUGAGGGAAUUGCAACAAGGUACUACUCUAGGUGUCGAAGCGUUCAAUCCUGAAGCAGACAUCAAGGCCCUCAUCGAAGGUAAUCGGACCGGACCUUUCCGACCCCACCCCCACAUCUACGAAUCGCUUGAAACAGACAUCCCCGAUGUCAACUUUGGUAUCGACCUACGAAGGUGGUCAGGCGAACACGGAUGGAAAUCGCUCGUGUCUGCUCCUCCUCAACCCAAAGGUGCGAUACCUGAGGCUUUAGAAGCUUUGUUGAAGGCUUUGACGGAGAUGUACGAAGGUGUACCUGACGAUGAACGACGAAGAUCAUGGAUUUACGAAGUACCACUUAACGAAACACACAUGCUUAGAAAUGCUAUCAACAACCCUCAAAUUCCUGUUGAAGAUCUCAUCACUAUAAUCAAGAAAUUCAACUUGCCCAUCGCAGCUGGCGCCGUCAAACUUUACUUGUUGGAGCUUAAUCCACCUGUAUUAGGAUGGGAAGGUUGGGAAGAUGCGAAAGCCGUUUAUCCUGCUAUCGGAGCGGAUCAAGAGAGAGAUAUGACUAGUGCUGUUUCUUCUGUACUUGGUCGAUUACCUGGAUCACAGCUGUAUGUGCUGGAUGCAGUGAUUAAGCAUUUCAGGGAUCUGGUUGACAAUACCAAGAGCGCCGAAUCAAACGAAGUAUACGUAACCAAACUUGCCUUAUCAGUGGGAAGAACCGUUCUGAGACCUCAAUACGAAAACGACUUGACCAUUGGCGAUCGAACUCCAUCACUAUUCCUUGCCGAUCUCAUCAACCACUACUCCGCCUUGUUCCCCUCUUUGAUAGAGAAGAAGAAGAAAGAGGCUGAUCGAAUCAUGCCUGUACGCAAGAGAACGGCAUUAGUAGACCAAAGGAUCUCGAGAUCCUCGUUGAGCGGUGAAAAAGAUCCUCAACAUCUCUUGGAAAUACAACAUUGCUUACAACACCCACAGAGGGCUGCAUCACCCAGCCCGGUAGGUAAGAACGAUGCACCACCUCAUCUUGGUUCUGCACUGGGCUUCGGUCCACCUUUGGAAGACCUCAAGAAUGAUAGUCGCAAUUUCACCAGUGCCGAAAAAGGUAAAGAGAAAGAGCAAAAUGCUCGUGUAGUCUCUCCCACUCCUGCACCUGAGGCACCCGUAGCCCCUCCUGCAGAGAAAGAUGAAGAUCGACCACCAAUGUUCAAGGAACCUGAAUCUGAUUCACGCCCCACAACGCCAACUGAAGGUUUCGUGCCCCCACCUACAGCUUCCUAUCAACCUCAAAACUCCAAUACUCGAUCGUCUACUCCUACAGAACCAUUCAUACCUCCCACCUCAGCUACUGAGGGCAGAGCACCUACUCCACCUGUUGUGAAGGAUACAGCAGCUGAAGAUGGGGUGAUCGGAGGUGGAUCCAGCUCGGGGGGAUUGAAGAGAGCCACGUCGGGCGAAGCAUCUAGACUGAGAGGACCGCGAGGAGCGAGAGGGCCUCGACCUGCAGGAGGGAGAGUUCCCUCUCACACCGGUGGAGUCCCUAGUAUAUCAGCCAUAGUUACCUCUUACGCGGACGAUAGACCCGAAUCACCCAGUACGAACCCACCUGAAAGUGCGACCGGGUCUGGGUCAGCAAGGAGCAGAGAACCUAGUAGACCUAGUUCUCCGGCUGUUGGUACGCCCACUUCUGCUCAGGGAUCGAAUGAUGGUGGAGCGGGAUUGAAGAGAGCUAGUAGGACUAACUUCGGUCAUGGUACGAGGGGUAGUGUCAGUGCGAUGGCAGCUAGAUUCGAGAACAAGCAAUAG